AAGAAAAAAAAAAAUCCCACCGCACAGUGUCACGUGUCGGUGAAAACAUAAAGAAAUGUUUACAUGUGUGCGCAACCUCCAAAAAGUAUUACGUCUUUAUUAUUAUUUAGUGCCAAAACAAAAGCCAAAGAAUUUCUUCACAAGACUCUCUCUCUCUCUCUCUCUCUUCUCUCUCUCUAACUAACAAGUGUGUGUGUGUUUGUGUAUAUGUACAGACUACUACUACUACAGUUGUUUUUGGGAUAGAAUUUGAAAGGGGGUGGAGAGAGUACUAGAGAGUUGUUGUGGGGCGGCGGGUUAGGUGGUGGCGGUGGUGGUGAGUCGACUCGGCGGCGGAGGAAGGUGAUGGAGUGGUGGCACAGAGUGGUUUUCCCUGUUCGGAGAGUUUGGUGCUCUGUUUCUGCUCGUGUCAAGUCUCGCAAAAACGGUGCGGGGCUUCUGAAACUACACGAUGAUGUGCAAACAUGCGAGUACGAGGAUGUUCAGAUAAUGUGGGAGAUGUUGAGGAGGACUGAAUCGGAAAUAAUCUCGCAGAACGCCAAGCGGAAGAAUCGCUGGUUCUCGAGAAAUUUCGCGUGGUCCAAUCACGGCACGAUAGCUCAGCAAGAAGCAUCGUCGUCAGUUCCCGGUUUGGUUAUAUAGUCUUCUUAUGUGGUAGAAAUGACAAUGGUUCUUAAAAUGUGCCAUUAUGUGUACAUUAUAAGCAAACUAUAUAUAUAAUAUAUCUAUAUAUAUAUGUUAUGUAUGUAUGUACUUGUCCUUUUCAGUUUCUGCUCUGUAAAAUGACUGCACAAAAGUCAUUUCUUGUACAUAUUCACUUUGUUUUGCAAGGGAGUUUUUACAGUGGAAAAGAACCUUUGACUGGGCUGAUUUCACUUGCUU